UUAAUAUGUUAGGCAUAAAAAUAUAGUUUUUUUCUUCUUCUAAGUAUACAUGCAUGUGUUAACUUUUCAUACAUUAUUAUUGUUUAGAAGACGUGUUGGUACUUAGAACAUUCCAGCACCCGCCAUGCAUAAAGCAGUAUCCACACUUUUCUAGUAUCUUCCACUUUUCUUCUUCCUCUCUCUCCCUUUAAAACCCUGAUUCCCACUUCCAAAUUUCAUCAAUCUCAGUUUAUUCAGCCGUCUGCAGCAACUCAAUCACCACCAUCAUCUGAAAAACCAUGAAGCCAAUCGACGACAAGAAGGACAAAGUUACGAUUCGAGCUGUUAGCCGGGAUGAGGAAGGGAAGAAACAUGUCGAAAAAGCUGAAAUCGAAUCUCACAACAUCGACACCAUCAAAUACAUUGAGAAGAAGCUCAUCGACAAGGGAAUUCAGCGGCUUGAACGCCAUCCGGUUCACGGCCACACUGGAAUCGGCCAGCCGCCUCCCAAGUCUGGCCGUGGCGGAAAGUUCACUUGGGAAGGACCUGGCGAUGCGAUUGAGAAUGAGCUCUCGCCUGCUCCGCCUGCCAUUGAUGAGAAGGAUCCGAACUACGUAGAUGAAGAGGAGGAGGAGGAGGUGGCUGGAUUGGUGGUUGGAGAAGUGGAGGUACCAGCAGCGGCGCCGGAGGGAGUUUCGAGAGUAGAGGUGGAUCCUCAGCUUCAAUUGCAAUGAAAUGGAGGAGCUGUGUGUUUGAUGUUUGGGCUUUGGGUCUUUCUUUCUUCUUUUUUCUUUUGUUGUGUGUGAGAUUUUAGAAAACAAACUUUACAAACUUCACUUUUUCAUUGUGGAUUAAAUCAUAUCAAUAAAAUAAAUAUAAGAGGAUAAUUUGUACCAUAUAUAAGAUGGAAAAAUUAUUCUUCUAAAUUGUAUAAUUAAGUGGAUGGUUGGUGUAGUUAGUAUGAGCUCUACAUUUUAUUAAAUCAAAUCAAUUGUGAUGGUAAUUAUCAUC